AUGGCCAUCUCCAUGAUCAUCUUUUUACCCAAUCUUCUUAUGUUCGUCUUUCUUUUCUUCACCAUCUCUUCUGCAGCUUCCUCUAAAUACGAUUUCCAAACCACUUACGCUGAUCACUGUGCUUCAUUUGUUCCCCAGUCUUUACCGAAAGGUUUUGCGCUAGGACCGCCCUACCAACACCUCCUCACGGGUUACUACACCGGUGGCGGUGGCCUUCUUAGUCCUAUCUCAUCGUCUAAUCAUAGUGAAAAAUCUGUUCAAUUCUUUAUCUUGAAGACUAGAGAAACGGAUGUUCCAGGCCUGAUCAAGAUUCGAGGGACUUUAUUGUUUCCAGGUGAUACACAUUACUUUGUGGGGAAUUCUUCCACCACAAGUAACAGUUUCUCAUCUGGAUCAGUUCCUCGUCCAAGAAGAUUAAUACUUAAACUUGAAGGGUUCUGGUUACAAUCUUCCGGGAAGAUUUGUAUGGUUGGUUCCGGUUAUGGUUACUCAAAAGGACGAAGUUAUUCGCUCAACAUUCAUCCUAUUUUUAAGCUCUACAACUUCAUGAAUUCCACUAGUGUCACGAGUUUGAGUAGCGGAACUUUGGAGAACAUGAUCAGUUCCAAGAAUGAUCCAGAUUAUUUUGAACCUAUCUCUAUUUUGAUGCUUCCCGGUAUGAACUACCAGUACACUCUGAUUUCAAAUAGUUCUGAAAACAGAAAUACUUCCGGUGGAAGUGAUAAUUCCAAUCCCACAAGUUCCUUGAAUAUAAAGAGAUUUUGUUCUGUACUCUCAAGAGAAGUGCGAAAUCAUGGAUUUGAUCUCAAAUACUCAAGCUUUUGCUCUUCUGCCAAGAACUGCACUCCUUUGGCCACGUCUGAUUUGGCUCGUGUUGUUUCGUUGAAGCUUAUCGGGUGUCGGAAUGAUGCGAAAAGGUUGAGAGUUCUGGUCGAAUUUGUAGACAGCAGCAACAUCUGGUAUCGAAGGCUAUUCGAUCCCAAUACAACAUUGAUUGGAGAAGGCUCAUGGGAUGCAGAAAAAAAUCAGCUGUCUUGUGUUGCGUGUCGAUUCUUGGAUGCAGCAGGUUCUUGGAACAAUACUCGUGUCGGUGAUUGUUCAACAAGAAUUAACUUGCGGUUUUCUGCAGUAUGGACAAUCGGAAACACAAGUAGCAUUGUGGGGGAGAUUUGGAGCAACAAAAAUGUGACAGAGUCGGGUUACUUUGAAAAGAUCACGUUCCAAAGUCCUCAGGAUGACAUUGGAAGGGUUCUGAUUCCUGGUGUGAAGUAUGAGUACACCAAAACCAAACAAGUAAGUAAUUUGUGCCCAAAAAAGAAGACUUCUCAUCCCAAGAUCAACGUGUACCCGAAUCCGUUUUCUUAUGACAUGAGAUUUGAUGUGUCAGCUAAGAAUUCUAAAAGACAAGCUGUGUGGGGAAGUUCUGUUCCGAUUUCUGUUGGGAAUCAAUUUUAUCAGGCGUAUUGGUAUUCGAUGCAAGGUGUGAUUGCAACCACCGAAUCUGAAUCUACAGCUCCUGAGAGCUCUCCUGUGAGAUACAGCUUCAACCACAGCAAUCCGUACAAUAUUAGCUACAAAAUAAGCAUCCACCUGCUAUCUCAUGCAAAGUUUCAAAAUGCAUCAGUUUUAAACGAAAUGCAGAUCUUUGCUGAAGGGAUCUAUGAUGAAACCGAAGGCAGCCUGUGCAUGGUAGGCUGCAGAAACCUGGCCUCAAAGGGUCAGCAGCCAACAAAUGAUUCUGUAGAUUGCGGGAUUGCUGUCAAUUUUGAGUUCCCCCCAACAAAUCCAACCAACAAUUCGGGUUUCAUCAAGGGCAGCAUAAAAAGCACGCGAAAAAAGUCUGACCCUCUUUAUUUUGAAACUUGGGAUUUAACCUCAGCUUCCUUUACCCUCGCUGAAGAAAGGCGGUCCAUUUGGAGGAUGGAUGUGGAGAUCAUAUUGGUUCUUAUAUCCACCACGCUGGCAUGCUUCUUUGUGGUGCGACAACUCUUCCAUGUGAAAAAGUAUCCAGAUGUUCUUCCCUCCAUUUCCAUUUUCAUGCUACUAAUUCUAACUCUUGGCUACAUGAUACCCCUUAUGUUAAACUUCAAAGCCAUGUUCACGAGUAGCACCAACCACAAAACGUGUUCCUUGGAACCGGAGGAUGGCUUGAAGUUAAUGAGGUAG